AUGGGAGACGAAGCAAAAGCAAAAGAGUUCUUGGACAAGGCAGAGAAGAAAGCAAAGUCUGCAAGCAGCGGAUUAGGAAAGUUGUUUGGUGGAGGUAGCAGCAAGCUAGAAGAUGCUGCCGACGAGUUUACAAAGGCUGGUAAUCUAUAUAAAAUGGCAAAGAAGUGGGACCAAGCAGGAGCAGCAUUUCAAAGAGCAGCAGAAUGUUAUAUAAAGAGUAGUAAACAUGAUAGUGCACAAGCAUACAUUAGUGCAAGUCAAUGUUUUAAAAAGGGUAAUGUGAGCAGUGCAGUCACCUGUCUCAAGGCAGCCAUUGAAUACUACACAGAUGAAGGUCGGUUUGCUAUUGCUGCCAACCACCAAAAGGAGUUGGCAGAGAUGUAUGAAGCCGAGGGAGACUUGGACCAAGCCUGUCAAUGCUAUCAGACGGCAGCCGACUUUUACGAGGGUGAGAGCAGUUCAGUGUCGUCACAACAAUGUCUACUCAAGAUUGCCCAGAUCUCUGCACAAUUGGAACGUUUCGAAAGAGCUAUAGAGAUUUAUGAAAAGGUGGCUGCUGGUUCAUUGGACAAUAAUCUCAAGCAGUUUGGUGUCAAGGAAUACUUUUUACGUGCCAUUCUCUGUUAUUUGGCCAACGAUGAUUUGGUCGGUGGCGAGCGUGCCCUCCAACGUUACAAGGACAUGCAAGCUUCGUUUUCAUCGUCUCGCGAGUGUCGUCUUUUAGAGGACAUCAUCGCUGCUUGCAGAAAGAAUAAUGUCGAGGAGUUUACCGAUGCCAUCGGUGAAUUUAACAGUGUCACUCAACUAGACGCUUGGAAAACUGCUGUUCUCCUUAAAGUAAAACAAACUCUUACAAAGGAAGAAUCAGUUCAGUAA